UUCACCAGAGAGCAGGGAGAAUGGAGAAACAGCUCUUCAUCGCCUUUCAUGAAAAUGUGUCAGUUGGCCUGUACCUCCCUAGACAGGGUCCCUAGAACCAGCAUCCAUCACAACAGCAGCUCCCCCUCGUGAUGGUAGUAGGCAUGUCUUUGGCAUGGAGCCAGGACCCAGCUGGGUCUUCCCUCUCCCUUUCCUUAGUCACUGUUGUGAUCCCAGACUCUCGAGUCCCAGGCCCCUUGGCUCUCCAGGAUUUGGUUUUUACAUGUGUUUCAUCCUCUGUUGUGGGAAAUUUCCAAUGCAAAGUAAAAGGGCAAUUGUGACCAGCCUGGUCCUGGUGCUUGUCCAGCUGUCAACAGGGGAUAACCGCUCGACCCAGCGAUGGCUCAUCAUGCACAAACCAGCCUGGCUGCCUACUGAUCGGGCACAUCAUGCAUCCAGGGGCCAGUCUUUUUAGUGGCUCCCUCGAACCUCCACAUUAGAUUUCUUCAUUUUGGAGCACUUGGGGGUUUUCAGGUAUCUUUGUGCUAUUGAUCUCCACAUCGGGCUUAUGGCCAAGAGAUUGGCAUUUUUAUUAACACUUUAAGAAGACACCAUGAUCUGUGUUUCUACUAUUUGAAGACAGCUGUGAAGGCCUGGUGCUGGUUUCCCUAGGGUGACUGGAAAGCCAUGAACCCCUCUCUUUGCCAUCCUGGAAACCCAGGCAAAGCACAAUCCCUAGCAGCGUGGCUUCCAAAGGCCAAAGAGGACUCCUUAUUGCCUGCUUCUGGAAGUUCAGGGCCACUGUCCCCACAGGAGCCAGCAGAAAGGCAGAAGGUCGCAAAGGAAGGGACCAGUUGGGCCUCUGCUCGAUAUAAGCUUCCCACCCUUCCCACAACAGCACUGGGAGCUUCUGCCUUAACUCAGUCCAGCAGGCCAGGCAGUAGCACCUGUCAAACAGCUACACUGGCUGGGCAGGGCUGGCAGGUCCCCACGCCCAUCUCAGGCUGACUCUUGAAGGGCCACCCUGAAGUAGAGGCUGUGGCACACAGUCCAUAGAGGACUAGCUGCCUGUAGCCUGUGGAUUUUGACCAAGCCUUGUCCUGGUGCCUGGACUGGCUCUGCAACUCCUUGGAUUAGCUCCAACUUGACUCCGUGUCCUAGAGGAGAAGGCACAGGGUAGGGAUGCUCUAAUGAUGGAUUGGGGUGCCGUAUCUCUACUGAGUGUCAUAUUGUGGACUGUCAGCUUUGGUAUGGCUGGAGUCUAUGAGCUCAGGGUUGUAGCUAAACCCUUUACCCUAUAGUCCUGACCCUGUCCUGCCACACCUAGCAUGCACCACUGUCCCUGGAUGGUAGGUGAGGGUAUUAGACACAGUGCCAUGCUGGAGAAGCAGCUUUCAGAAGCCUGGAUCCAGGAGGGCCUUGGACCACCUGUCCACAGUGCCCGAUGUUGAGAUUCUCUAUGGCUCCAGGCCCUGGUCCUGGGCUUAUGGCAGGCAGGGAGGGCUCCUUUGCUCCCAGGACACUUCUGCUUCCCUCUGCUCUAUUCUGUAAUAGCCCAAUCAGAAGGCAGACCAGCAGGGGCUGUCCUCCUGUGGGAGGACCGGCUGGCCUGUGGCCUCAACCAGAACACAGCAGGAAGUGCACAGCCUCCCUCUUGGCUCCACCCUUCUCCAGUCAGGGAGCAUCUCCACACUCCCAGAGACCCAUAGCCCAGGCAGCAGCCAGCUGGCAGGUGGCUCCCACAAGACCCUGAGGUAAGUUCAGCCAGUGUACCCUUCCUGGAAGGUGGGUGGAAGCCUGUGGCGACUCUGCUGGGGAUCCUGGAGCAUAUACCCUAGCGCAGGAGUAAGCGCCCACAGUCAGGUGGCCUCUCCAUUUGGUUAAUCCUUGUUCAUUGCAGCAUAGUUCUCCAGUGCUGGGACUGUGUGGCUAUGGGGCUGGAAUGGCAGGCAGUUGGCCCAGGCUUCUGAGAAACGUCCACUGGGUUGACAAGAAGGUGCAGCAGGGAGCUGAGAAGUGCUUCUGAAGAACAAGCCAGCCUGCCAUGGCUGUGUCUAGAGCUAGUGAUCCAGCUUCUCUGGGCAGGAUCUCUGUUCUCCAAGGGCUGGAGACUGGGCCAGGGGCUCUCUAUGGCCACCUUAAUUCAGUCCUAGAGUCACUGAAGCCCCUCAAAACUGUGACUUCACCUGUCCACAGGUGGAAGCGGCGGGUAGUCCCACAUGAGUAAUCCCCCUGUGAACAACUGGCCUGAUUGAUCCCCAGCACGUGGCCUGAGGCCAGAGCUCAUCUGGAGCAGAAACGCACAGGGUUUGCUGGUGCCCAGCUCCCAAAACACUGGAGGGGAGCCGUAGCAGAUGUCUGGAGACUGUGGAUGGCAUUGCCUGCCCAUCCAGUGUACCCCAGCCUGGCGGGGAGAUAGACCCGCUCCUAUGCCAACCCUCACUUGCCCUCCCGGAAUGACACCAUGUCACAGGCAGCUGCCAGGGGGUUGUUGCAUCACUGGCUGGCUAGAGCGGAAGGCUUGAAGGGCACAGGGCCUGUCAGAGAAUGAGGAAGUCACACACAGGCCUGGCUCCCUGGCAGAGUGAGAAAGCCUCCAGCCAACCCGCCUCUCAGUCCCAACCUGGACACUGGCCAGCAGGAGUCCAUACCACCCGAGAAGGAGUAGUGUAGGAUGGCUACUGGGGGCAAAUCUCCCUACAUUCAUCUACCUUCAGGGGGCACCAGAGUACUUCAGUGUAGAGGACAGAAGCCAGAGGAGGGCCAUUGGACAAGGCGUGUUCUCUUUGACCCCAACCUGACAUAUCCAGGUGACUCGGGAAGAAAGUUUGAGGUGACAGGGGGGCAGGACAGCUGCUUGGGGAAGGUGAGCUUGACAGGGUGGCCUGAGGAGGGGCUAUCCCUCAGAAACUGUGGAGCUGAGAUGAGGCUGAGCCCUCAAUAUCCCUAGAAUGAGCCCCUUGUGUCCCUGCCCCGAGCCCUGGCCUGGCCCUCACAGACCCGGGUCCUAUUGCAGGCUGACUGCUCCAGGCCCAGCAGAGAACAGGAGGUGGGCUCUUCCUCAGCUGCUCUCCCCAGCUAACCUACAGAGGGCAUGUCAGACUAUGAGAAUGACGACGAGUGCUGGAGUGCCCUGGAGAGCUUCCGGGUGAAGCUCAUCUCCGUUAUCGACCCCUCACGAAUCACGCCCUAUCUGCGCCAGUGCAAGGUUCUGAACCCGGAUGAUGAGGAGCAGGUGCUCAGUGACCCCAACCUGGUCAUCCGCAAGCGGAAAGUGGGUGUGCUCCUGGACAUCCUGCAGCGGACAGGCCACAAGGGCUACGUAGCCUUCCUUGAGAGUCUGGAACUCUACUACCCUCAGCUAUACAGGAAAGUCACUGGCAAGGAACCAGCACGGGUCUUCUCCAUGAUCAUUGAUGCCUCAGGGGAAUCAGGCCUGACGCAGCUGCUGAUGACAGAGGUCAUGAAGCUGCAGAAGAAGGUGCAGGACCUGACGGCCCUCCUGAGCUCCAAGGACGACUUCAUCAAGGAGCUGCGGGUGAAGGACAGCCUCCUUCGAAAGCACCAGGAGCGUGUGCAGCGGCUCAAGGAAGAGUGUGAGCUGAGCAGCCGGGAGCUGAAGCGCUGCAAGGAUGAGAACUACGACCUGGCCAUGCGCCUAGCGCACCUGAGUGAAGAGAAGGGCUCGGCGCUCAUGCGGAACCGGGACCUGCAGCUGGAGGUGGACCGGCUCAGGCACAGCCUCAUGAAGGCAGAGGAUGAUUGCAAGGUGGAGCGUAAACACACACUGAAGCUCAGGCAUGCCAUGGAGCAGCGGCCUAGCCAGGAGCUGCUGUGGGAGCUGCAGCAGGAAAAGGACUUGCUGCAGGCCCGAGUGCAAGAGCUGGAGGUCUCUGUCCAGGAGGGGAAGCUGGACCGGAACAGCCCCUACAUUCAAGUGCUGGAGGAGGACUGGCGCCAGGCACUGAAGGAGCACCAGGAACAGGCCAACACCAUCUUCUCCCUGCGCAAGGACCUCCGCCAGGCUGAGGCCCUCCGGACCCGGGCUAUGGCCUCGAGGGAAGAGCUGCAUGCCCAGUGUGCCCAGAGCUUCCAGGACAAAGAUGAGCUUCGAAAGCAGGUUCGAGAGCUGGGUGAGAAGGCAGACGAGCUGCAGCUACAGCUGUUCCAGAGUGAGGGGCGGUUGCUGGCUGCUGAGGGCAGACUCAAACAGCAGCAGCUGGACAUGCUCAUCCUGAGCUCUGACUUGGAGGACAGUUCACCUAGGAACUCCCAGGAGCUCUCACUGCCUCAGGACCUGGAGGAGGAUGCCCAGCUCUCAGACAGAGGUGAGGAGGUGGGGGUGCCAUGCACUGCCGAGCCUGCCCUAGCCCAGCUCUCAGACAGAGGUGAGGAGGUGGGGGUGCCAUGCACUGCCGAGCCUGCCCUAGCCCAGCUCUCAGACAGAGGUGAGGAGGUGGGGGUGCCAUGCACUGCCGAGCCUGCCCUAGCCCAGCUCUCAGACAGAGGUGAGGAGGUGGGGGUGCCAUGCACUGCCGAGCCUGCCCUAGCCCAGCUCUCAGACAGAGGUGUCCUGGCAGACAGGGAGAGCCCAGAGCAACCCUGCAUGGCUCAGAACAAGGAGCAGCUUUCACAAACUCAUGGCACGGGGCCCAGCAGCAGCAGCGAACCCCCGGAGAAGGAGAGGCGGCGCCUCAAGGAGAGCUUCGAGAACUACCGCAGGAAGCGGGCGCUCCGCAAGGUGCAGAACAGCUGGCGACCGGACGAGGGGGACCGCGAGAACACCACAGGCAGCGACAACACCGACACCGAGGGCGCCUAGCGGACCGCGCUGAGGCUGAGCAUCUGUGUGAUGGUGAAGGGAUGCUGCAUUUUUUUACUGUACGCCACACACGCGCUGUACAAGGGUUGGAAAAUGCAGCUAAAUAAAAUGACCGCCAAGCCGA